GUCACAUUUUAUAUCAAGGAACAGAAUUCAAAAUCAAAAUGUUCUCAUCUCAAGGGCUUGAUGCUCAUGGUAGUUUUGGGAUGGAGCCGAUGACCAUGGGGUCCCCAGCGAGUCCCACCUCUCCCCACCAGUCUCAGUUCUUACCCAGCUUCCUGAUGGGAGAAUCUAUACAUCACAGUCCAGGUCCACAACACUGGUCUACAGCAAGUUCCCCCUCCUCAUCUCAAAGAGGAUCAUCAAUGACCUCUCCCACCAGUCAUCAUGCUGGAUCAAGACCCAGAGCUGAAGUACUGCGACCUAAAGAGAGAAUUGGAGCCCCUCCUACCAAGAGUUUGAUGAGCAGUCCCACAAAUGCCAUGUCAAGUUCCUUUCACACCCCCCACACACCACAUCAUGAUCAAAGUUUACACAUGAAAUCUGCUCACACCCCUGGUAUAGGUGCUCCACCAACAGCAAGUAUUUUACACAGUGAAACUCCUCAGGGAACCAAUCAGAGUUUUAUAAUGGACAACACAAUGAAUCUGUCUCCUGCACAGUUAGACCCAUUCUACACCCAGGGAGAAAUGUUGACAGCAGAUGAUGCGCUAGAUGAGACUUGGGUUACAGUGUUUGGAUUUCAGGCUGCUGCUGCGUCCUAUUUUCUACAGCAGUUUUCACAGUACGGGAACAUCUUAAAAUACGAGAUUGCAUCUGAAGGGAACUGGAUGCACCUCCACUACCAGUCUAAGCUACAGGCCAAGAAAGCUCUCAGCAAAGACGGAAAAAUCUUCAAUAACUGUGUGAUGAUUGGGGUCAAGUCCUGCAUUGAUAAGGCUGUGAUGGACAGAGACAGACAAGCCAUUAUUACAGAGGAGCACUCGCUGGACUUCAAUACCUCAACUACGACCAGAAAUGCUCCCAUCCGACCGCUUACUGCUGCCUACAGGGCUGCCAAGAGUGAGCAUGAGAAAUUUGCUAAGUAUGGGAUUUGAUAGGAAAAGCUUGUAGACAGUCUACAGGUCAUGUCCACUCGAUUGACUUCAUACUUCACAUGUAGCAUUGUUAUCAAAAGAGGAAAAACCCUAAAGAUUUUGGGGUCAAAAGAAGAAAGGUCAAGGUAACUGCGGGAUUUCUAUUUACCAAUUGCCUAUAUUACGAUGAUUGAAAUGCAUCAUUUUAUGUAGUGUUGAAUAAUCGGAAAAUUUUCAUAAUCAAUAACUGGUCGAAAUUGGAAGAACUGUAUCAAUCAAUGAUCGAUAUAAUCGGUAUUUACAUGUAGGUGAUAAAUGUUUAUUAUUUGGGGGGUUAUUUAUGGAUAUGUAAAACAUACACACAUCUACUAGCCUAUUAACAAGGAAUGAAAUGGUUGUUUCUUUCUAGCCACAUCAUCCAGAUAGGCUUUCGUUUUAAUAAACCCCAAAAAUUUCCAGGCAUCUGACUUGGCUUUCCAUAGGUAGAGAUACAUAUCAAGUUAUCAACUAAUGCGAUACUUCUCCGACUCUUUAACGCUGCUUUUAUACUGUGACAUGUGUGCACGUCACACUAUUCAAGCAGAGAUGAGUCAGAGGAAUCUCGGAUAGUUACCAACUUCAUGAUUGCUGAUUGGUUUCAAUAUCUAUGAGGAUGAUGAUAUCGUAAGCCUUCUCCCUUGUCAAGUAUAUUAAUUAUAAUGCAUACAUAGUUGACUUGUUUAUUGUGGAUUUGUGUUCGAGCGACAAUCGAUUAUGAAAAAUGGAAUCGAUAAUCGGAAUUGACGGGCCAAAAACGAUCGACAAUCGAAUGUUGGCGACAAUUGUUUCAUCACUUAUGGUGUUCAUAGUAAAAUACUAUUGCACUGUUUAUUUGUGUUUUGCACAUGAGUUUCACCAUGCACAUUCAAAAUGCAGAGAUUAAUUAUCCAAGUGUUCAAAUUCACAGUUUCAGUGGUGCUAAAAAUGAUUUAAUGCAGUUUGUAGACCCUUGCUGAAAAUAUUUAGAUCUAAUUCUUACAAUGUUAAUUUAUUUCCUUUGUAUUUAUGCUCAUCAUAGGUGGGUCAAAUUAUGGUAUUGUGCAGCAUGUCUCUCUGCAUUUUACCAUGUGUUAGCACUUUGUGGAUCAGAUAAAAACAGAAGCUUGAUUACAUAGCAUUAUUGAUUUGGAAUUUCAGAUACCCUUGCAAUUGAUAGUCUUUCCUAAUUUGACUAUUAAAGGAGAAGAGUUUACCAGAUUUUGUAAAUUCAAUAUUCUGGAAUUCCACAUUGAUAUUUGUGUAAAAAGUCACUAAAUAUAGAUUUAGAAAUGUCCUACCUUAUUGGUGUUAGUUUAUCUUUUAAGGUCAUAAAUGGCCAUUUUUUCAUCUCCUUGAUAUGAAGAGUUCUUGUAUGAUUUCCCAAAUAGGUUUGAAUAGCAUAUUGUAGUACUGUUACUCUACAUUGUACAUUUGUAUAUUGGCCUGGUGGUUACCGGUAGAUCACCGAGGUAGUAAAUACCAUACUACUGAAUUUGAUCUCUAAUUGAUCCGAAUAUUUGUCUCCCCUUAUUUGCUACAUUAACUUAAUAAUGAUAUAUACAGAUUUCUGUAAUACAUAAAAGUUGACUUUAUAAUUCUACUUGCCACAAUCAGGAACUAUUCAAAAUAUGCUAACUCUUCAAACAAGACCUAGUAAUAGCAUAUUUCACAAUUAUUAUUUUUUUUUUAAUUUUUCUUUAGAAACAAAAUAAGAUUCAAAUGAAUAUUUAUCAUUUCCAUUAGUGGAACUCUUCAAAUUAAAGGCACGUAAAGUCGUGCUACCGGGACAACAUAAGAAAACAUUACUUAGGCAUACAUAAUAUAAAUUAUGGUAUCGAAUGCAUAUUAUAACCGACUGCAAACCACGACACUGAUUUUAGGAAUUGAUUAUUCUUACAAGAAAAUAGACGAACUUAUUAAACUAUGUGAAGGAGUGCAGGUACUAAAUCUGCCAAAUCUGACUGAUAUAAAGCAUCAAUUGCAAGAAGAACUGUGAAGGGAAAAACCAAUAUGCACAUCCGACACAAUGACUUUUUUUGUAAUUAAUGGGAUUCAUAUGUUAUUAAAAUAUUCUGUCAGAUUAUGAAGACAUUCUAUUUUAUCAUACAAUUUGGACAGGUUCAUAUGGCAUGAACUUUGUAAUCGUUCAUGUAACACAUCUCUCUCUCUCUCUCUCUCUCUCUCUCUCUCUCAUUUUCCAAUAUUUUAGAAUAAGUUAUAUAUUUGCCAAACUGCAUUUUUUAAAGACGUUUAUAACACUAAUUAACACAACAAAUGCGUUUCCAAAUUGCAUCUAAGGUAUUUUGAAAAUUACAAAAUAUUGAUUGACUUAGGACAGAGAACAUCGUUGUUUGGAAUUUUUAAAAUAGGUGUAGUAGAGUUUAAAAAAACAUGUAACUUCCUUGAUAAACUAGAGUUAGAAUAUUUUUAAAAUGCAGUUUGACCAAUGGCUAUUUUAUUUACUUUAUGUACUUUAAUUUAAAAAGGGGGGGGGGGUGCUAUGAAUGUUUCGUUUAUGUCCCAGUAAUCUUGCACUUGCUCACGGGACUUGUGCAUUUUCUUACCAAUGAAAUGUUUACCUGAAAUGUCAUUAAAAAUUAUGUAUUAAUAUGAGAGAAAAAAUGUCUCGUAUGCUAUAUAUAUAUAUAUAAAUAUAUAUUUCUUUGCCAGUUAUCCUUCCUUAUUAACAACAUUGAUCUCUUAUUUUAUUCUUGGUGAAAAAUUCUGUAUAUCUCUUUUUUUUUCAGGUUGUGAAAAACAGUCAUGCCCCCCAGAAGAAUUCCUCCUUCCUCGGCAAGACUAUGGAGUAUAUGUUUGGCUGGUGACAUACACAGGACAGUUAUCAUUUAAUACUGGUGCAAUGAAUUGUUUUCUUAAUAAAUGUACAUAUUAA